GUUUAUUAGUUUUGAAAAUAACGUGUCCGUUGAGGCUCAAAUCCGUAACCCUUAUAUUUUAUUACACAGAAUUUAUUUUUCAACGGUUAAGAUGCCAAAGAAAAACAAAACAGAUCCUGAUGCUGUAACUGAUGUACAGAAUGGUGCAAAACCGGUAGAAAAAAAGACUAAGAAGAAGAAAAAUUCAAAGAAAUCGUUUUUCGAAGAAUUGCAGGAAGAUGACGGGACGAAAGAGGAACCUGUUGUUGAAAAGGAGAAACCUGCCAGAAAUAAAAGAUCAAAAGCACCAGCUAAGGAUUUGGUUCAAGAUAUGAAGCAGGUUACUAUUUCAGAGAGGAGCAAGGAGGAAAGAGAGGAAAAUGAGGAGGAGGAAGAGCAAAUUCAGGAUUUCACUCAUGAAGAUGGUCCUGUGAAUGAAGAGCUGGAAGCAGACGAAGAAUUAAUGAAAAAUAUGACGAGGAAAGAAAGGAAAAAGUAUUUGAAGGAUUUGCAAUACAAGAAGCAACUUGCAGAGAUGGAAACUCAAAGGACAAAUGACGAGCUUGGAAACUUUUCUGUUUCUGAGCAAAAGUCGUCCAGUUCAGCGCAAACUUAUGAAAACACAUCUGAUAUUAAAAUUGAGAGUUUCUCCAUUGCUGCUAAAGGUAAAGAUUUAUUAAAAAAUGCAAAUCUAACAAUAGUUGCAGGAAGGAGGUAUGGUUUGUUGGGACCUAAUGGAAAAGGCAAGACGACCCUGCUACGACAUAUAGCAGCUCGAAAACUUUCAAUUCCCGCUCACAUUGAUAUUUUAUAUUGUGAACAAGAAGUAAAAGCAGAUGAGACGCCUGCUAUUGAAGCUGUUCUCAAUGCUGAUACUGAAAGGUUAAGACUACUUAAGCUUGAAAAGGAACUCACAGCAAGACAAAUGAAAGGAGAUUUGUCUGUCCAGGAUGAUUUGAAAAAGCUAUAUGAGGAUAUGGAAGCCAUUGGUGUUGAUUCUGCUGAGUCCAGAGCUCGGAGGAUUCUUGCUGGUCUUGGGUUUACGGCUUCCAUGCAAAAACGUGCAACUCAUGAUUUCUCGGGUGGUUGGAGAAUGAGAGUUUCUCUUGCUAGGGCUUUAUUUUUAGAGCCGACUUUGUUGCUACUUGAUGAACCUACUAAUCAUUUGGAUUUGAACGCUGUGAUUUGGUUGGAUAACUACUUGCAAAACUGGAAGAAGACGUUGCUUGUAGUUUCCCAUGACCAGGCUUUCUUAAAUAAUGUUUGUACGGAUAUUAUUCAUUUAGAAGACCUGAAACUAAAUCCUUAUCGAGGGAAUUACUCCCAGUUUAAGAAAAUGCACGAGCAGAGGUUAAGGGAAAGAAUGAAGGAUUACGAGAAGCAGGAAAAGAAGUUGAAAAGUUUAAAAGCGCACGGUUCAUCCAAAGUAGCUGCGGAGAAAAAGCAGAAAGAAGCUCUGACAAGAAAGCAGGAGAAAGGACAAAAAAGAGGAGCAUCUGUGAUGGUGGAGAGUGUGGACACAACUACAGAACUUAUCACCAAACCAAGAGAAUAUGUUGUGAAGUUUUCAUUCCCCGACCCUCCUACACUAAGCCCUCCUAUCCUUGGUCUACAUAAUGUCGACUUCGCAUACGAAAACCAACCUCCUCUGUUCAAAAAUAUCGACUUUGGUAUUGAUAUGGAUUCACGGAUAGCUAUAGUUGGGCCUAAUGGUGUCGGUAAAUCAACUCUGCUAAAACUACUGUGUGGUUACCUGGAGCCAACUGUUGGCGAGUCCAGAAGAAAUCCUCGUCUUCGUUUUGCUUAUUACAGUCAGCAUUCUGCUGAUCAGUUGGAUUUGGACAAAUCUGCCACACAAUAUCUCAGGGAUAAGUUCAACUUAGACUACCAAGCUUCAAGGAAAAGGCUUGGCUCUGUUGGCUUGGUCAGCCAUGCUCAUGAAAUUCCUAUUCGGGAUUUGAGUGGAGGACAAAAAGCAAGAGUUGCGUUAGCCGAAUUAAUUUCUUACGCACCAGAUAUUUUAAUUCUUGAUGAACCCACUAACAAUCUUGAUCUUGAAUCCAUAGAUGCGCUUGCUGCUGCUAUUAAUCAGUACAAAGGUGGGGUCCUUAUUGUUUCUCACGACGCUCGACUUAUAACAGAAACCGACUGCACUUUAUGGGUCGUGGAAAGCCAAACUGUCAAUCAAAUCGAAGGUGACUUUGAUGAUUAUAAACAAGAAAUAUUGGAAUCUUUGGGAGAAGAGGUCGUUCAAAAUAAACAGUAAAUUUAUGCGUGAUUGUUGAUUUUCUGUUUAGGUGAAAUUUGCAAAGUUUAUUGUAUUUCUUGCUUAUUUUGUCACUUAAAUUAUUGUUUGUUUUCUGGGUACUUUUAAAAUUUAGGAUAAAUGCAAUGUAUCACAAUUUAGUGUGUAUGUAUGUAAAAUUUUUUCAGUUGGAUUUUGAAUUGUUUAGAAUGAAUAAGAUAUUGAUGCAAUCAAAAUGUUAUCUAUUUUAAUAUGUUAUGUUCAAAAUGUUUCUCAAAACUUUUUUUAUUCAGUUAAAAAAUGUUAAAAUGUAGAAACAGAAAACAGAUGCAUUUGUAUAUCAGUUAAAGGAUUGUGUAUUUCCUUUUUCAUGUGUGGUGAAUAAUUUAGACAAAGCUUUACAAUAAGAGAAUAAAGACAACCAAUGUUUACAUACUUUUGUCCCAUACA